GAACUGACAUUAUCCCGUCGAACAGGGCUCGUGGUCAGAAGUUAUUGCUGUGCCGCAGGCAGCGUGCGCGUAUACGUUUGCCACGUAUGGAGGCAUCGCAUGUGUAUGUAACUAUGCCGCAGAGACAGCGGUGCGACAGGGACAUAUGUGAAACCAGUUCAACAUGUUUUGGAUAGUUGGAUACUUCGUUUGAUGUGGCUUCCUGCUGGGUUUUCGGUUUACGCGCCAGAUGUCUUUGCAGUCAUGUCGGGUGCAAAAGUGAAAGACUUCGACGAACUAACAGCGUUUCUAGGCGACUACGGCCUCUUCCAAAUUCUCGUGAUUGUUCUGCUCAGCAUAAGCGCGAUUCCGUGCGGGUACAUGGCAGUGCUAGCGGUUUUCGUUGCAGAUACGCCAAAGCACCACUGCAAAGUUUCGAUCAACUCCGCGGGGAACGGCACAGAUGUUGAGAACAGCAGCUGGAUCGGACCCGACAGCUGUUCCCGGUACAAAGUGAACGGAACAUGGACGGAGACAGCGGGACUCGGCAAUGAUACCGAACAGUGUGUGGACGGAUGGGCGUACAGCACUGAGAUCUACACCUCCACUAUCGUGUCUGAGUGGGAUCUGGUGUGUGACAACGCAUGGAAAGUCCCCUUUUCCACCUCCUUAUACUUCUUCGGAGUCCUGACUGGAUCCCUAAUUAGUGGUCACCUGUCAGACCGGUUUGGCAGAAAGAUUGUGUUUUUUCUCACCAUGGUCUUACAAGCAGCCACCGCCUUGGUUCAGGCUACAUCUGUCAGCUGGGUCAUGUUCUGCAUCCUCAACUUCCUUAGAGGAAUUGGCCAGAUAUCCAAUUACAUGGGGUCCCUCGUACUGGGGUCUGAGAUGCUGAGCCAGUCUGCCAGGGUGAAGUACACUGUGCUGGGCCACUGUCUAGGUUAUGGCAUUGGCUACGCCUUGUUGCCACUCUUGGCCUACUUCAUACGAGGCUGGAGGAUGCUGCUCGUUGCUUCUGCCAUCCCCAGCAUCUUAUUUUUUCCAAUGUGGUGGGUGAUUCCUGAGUCUCCACGUUGGCUUCUGCAGAAAGGUCGGGUGGAGGAGGCCGAGCUUGUCAUACGUAAUGCUGCCAAAAUGAACAAAGUCACUGCUCCUGAGGUCUUAUUCAGGACUGAUGAGUGCUUGGAGCUAACGCAAAACAAAGGUGACGAGGAGCACACAUAUACUUAUGUGGACCUGAUACGCACCCCUAACAUGAGGAAUAUUCAAAUUCUUGGUGUUUUCAUAUGGAUGUCUGUCGCCAUGGUCUUCUUUGGUCUCUCUCUCAAUACCAGCAACCUGAAUGGAAAUGUCUACCUCAACUGCUUCAUUUCGGCAGCCACUGACAUCGUGGCGUACUUAGGCACUUGGGUGCUGAUCAGCCGUGUGCCUCGACCCACUGUCCUCUUCUCCACACUGAUGUUCUGUGGUUUAAUAUUCCUGAUAAUCCAGCUGGUUCCUAAAGACAUGCCGGUCCUGUUCCAGGUGUUAGCCUUAGUGGGACGGAUUGGCGUGUCUUGUGCGUACUGCUUCAUCUUUGUGUUUUUCACUGAGCUGAUCCCCACUGUGGUCAGGAACAUGGGCUUAGGAGUCAACGCCACAGCAGCAUACAUAGGCACCAUCAUGUGUCCCUAUUUGAUCUACAUGGGUACAUACAGCCAGGUCCUGCCGUACAUUAUUUUUGGCACAGUCAGCAUCAUGGCUGCUGCCGCUAGCAUGUUGUUGCCAGACACCAGAAAUGGCAAACUUCCUGACCUUAUCAGCCAGGCCAAGCCCCUCAGAGGCAGCUGCUGUCCAAAGGAUAACAGAGCUACCACCCAGUCAGACGCAACCGAGGGCUGGAAAGACACGAACAACAGCGCCCCCUGCUGAAAGAUAACACAGCAACACAGGAUUUCUGUGUCCGAUCUUUUCAAACACAGUACAGUGUACUGAUACAUUUAUGUCAUCUUGAAAGAUCUGUAUUUUUGUAUGUAUAUAAUUAUAACAACUGCAUGACAACAGAAUAACAUUUACAAUUGGUUAAAUAAAGGGUAGUUUCAGGAUUGUAGGGUUAUAUGUUUUGGUGUAAAAUAUGAUAUAUUGAUAUUGAUAUAUUGACUUGUUUAAUUGUGUUGUUUAAUAAAAUGACCAAAAUGGACACAGAAAUUAUUAUU